AACACCAACAACAUUCUUCUCAUCAUAUUCAUUUUCAUCAAUCCAACUCUCUUAUCAGAGAGUAGUAUCCAAUGGCUAAUGAACAAGCACUUCUAUCAACAGAGAUUGUAAACCGUGGGAUUGAAUCAUCAGGUCCUGAUGCUGGUUCACUAACAUUCUCGGUCAGGGUACGUAGAAGGUUACCUGAUUUUGUUCAAUCAGUGAACCUGAAAUAUGUCAAGUUAGGGUAUCAUUAUUUGAUCAACCAUGCAAUAUAUCUUGCUACGAUUCCUGUUCUGGUUUUAGUUUUUAGUGCUGAAGUUGGAAGUAUUAGUAGAGAAGAAUUAUGGAAGAAAUUGUGGGAAGAUACUAGAUAUGAUCUUGCUUCACUUCUUGCGUUCUUCGGGAUCCUCGUGUUUACGAUAUCGGUUUAUUUCAUGUCUAAACCAAAACCUAUUUAUCUUAUCGAUUUCGCUUGUUAUCGCCCUUCGGAUGAUCUUAAGGUGACAAAAGAACAAUUCAUUGAACAAGCUCGAAGCUCGGGCAAAUUCGACGAGGAAAGUCUUCAAUUUCAGCGUCGAAUUCUACAAAACUCGGGCAUUGGUGAUGAAACAUACGUUCCCAAGGUUGUUAUGUCAUCUGAAAAUUGUUCUACAAUGAAAGAAGGUCGUACAGAAGCAGCAACAGUCAUCUUUGGUGCCUUGGAUGAACUAUUUGAGAAAUGUAGAAUCCGUCCUAAAGACGUGGGGAUUCUAGUCGUAAACUGCAGUCUUUUUAAUCCAACUCCGUCACUAUCAGCCAUGAUAGUAAAUCACUACAAAAUGAGAGGAAACAUACUUAGUUUCAAUCUUGGGGGAAUGGGUUGUAGUGCUGGAAUUAUUGCUUUGGAUUUAGCUAGAGAUAUGCUUCAAGCUAAUCAGAAUAAUUUCGCUGUGGUUGUAAGUACUGAAAUGGUCGCAUUUAACUGGUACCCUGGCAAGAACAAGUCCAUGCUUAUUCCUAACUGUUACUUCCGAAUGGGGUGUGCUGCUUCUCUUCUUUCAAACCGAAGACACGAUUUUAGACGCGCGAAGUACCGCCUCGAACACAUUGUGCGUACUCACAAAGGUUCCGAUGAUCGUAGCUUCAGGUCUGUUUACCAAGAAGAAGAUGAGCAGAGAUUCAAGGGUCUAAAGAUCAGCAAAGAUCUCAUGGAAGUUGGUGGUGAUGCCCUGAAAACAAACAUAACAACUCUCGGGCCACUCGUGCUGCCAUUCUCCGAACAGCUCAUGUUUUUCGCGACGCUGGCUCGAAAGCAAUUGUUUGGUGGCAAAGCAGCAUCCAAACCAUACAUUCCUGACUACAAACUUGCAUUUGAACAUUUCUGUGUUCAUGCAGCUAGCAAGAGUGUUCUGGAUGAGCUUCAGAGGAACCUAGAAUUGAGUGACAAAAACAUAGAACCAUCACGAAUGACUCUACACCGGUUUGGCAACACAUCCAGUAGUAGCAUUUGGUAUGAACUGGCAUAUCUUGAAGCUAAGGAGAGAGUGAGGAGAGGUGAUAGGAUUUGGCAACUAGCUUUUGGCUCUGGGUUCAAGUGCAACAGCGUUGUCUGGAGAUCGUUGCGUAAGGUAAAGAAGCCUACUGCCAACAACCCAUGGCUCGAUUGCCUCGAUCGUUACCCAGUGCAGAUGCACAUCUAGAGUAUGGUUAAUUCAGGUUUGAAUUAAACUCUGAAUUGAUCAAGUUGUUGUUCUUUUAACAAACUAAAGAAAUUGCAACUAUAAGGAUUUCUUUUAUUGUUGAUUUGUUUGAAAUUGAUCUGUUUUCAAGUUAUCGUUUUCUAGUUGUUAUAUAUAGUGCUUUCUUGUAAGAAUAAUUAAACAUCUUAUAACCAUUUGUUCUACAUUUCA